AUGAAUAGUCGAGCUUUUUACGCUCAUGCAGACACAGCACUCGAGGACAAACCCUCGGGCAGAGAUUUUGUGGAUCUGGUGGAUGGGUAUGUCAAAUCUGGUCUCACGGCACCAUCACUCACUUCCUCACCAUCUUCUUCAUCGUCACCAACUACACCACUGUGUCUUGUUCAAUUGGGUCGCCAACCACCUACAGCAUCAACGAAUAUCCUCUUCACCACAAACGAAAUAGAGUGUUGGGUCAAAGACGAUGAACAGAGCAAAGCCAUUGAAGAAGAGACAAGAAAAAGAGUGCAAGAAAAAGAAGAAGCGAAACAAGAAAACGGCAAGAAGAGACGAAAAAUCAAGGAAGCCAAACAGAGGGACUUGUUGCAACUUUUGGAGGGUAUGUAG